UUUUUUUUUGUUUUUUUUUAAUCGUAUACGAUAAUUAGAAAUGACAGAUUUUGCUAGUGAUCAUUUAUUCAGCGGUAUUCUUGGAUCUCAAGUAGCUCCCUUGGCUUCCGAUACUCAAGGACAAACACCUAUGAAUAUGGACAUUGAUGACACCCAAGCCACUCGUACUCAACGUCGACCAGGUUAUGAUCCUGACAAUAUUCCUCGAGUCAUUGAUGAAACUGCAAUGGCUGUCAUGGAAACUUUUGAAAAGUUUAUAGAAACAUUUAAAGAUGAUCAAUCAUCUUAUGUAUCAAACAGCACUUCUAGUUGGUAUGGCUAUCCUUAUAUGAUGCAACUUGAAAAUUUCAAGUAUUCUGAAAUUGAUACACUUUUUGUUGAUUUUUCUCAUAUUGAAGCAACUGAAGAAAGUUUAGCUAUUGCUAUCAAGGAGCAAUAUUAUCGUUUCCUUCCCUAUCUUCGUCGUGCUAUUCAUAACGUUGCUCGCAAUCAUUUUCCCGACAGUCUUUUCAUUAAUGAGCCUACCUUACGUUCAGCUCAAGGUGAAACAUUUAGAAACUUCACAGUUGCCUUUUACGGUUUAAACGACCUGAAUCGAGUACGUCAAUUAAGAACAGAUAAAAUUGGUCACCUUGUCAGUGUCAGCGGUACUGUAACUCGUACAACUGAAGUUCGCCCUGAAUUGGUCUAUGCUUCCUUUACCUGUAAUGAAUGUGGUAAAGUAAUGAAUGAUGUUGAACAAGAAUUUAGAUAUACAGAACCUACCAUGUGUCAAACAAGUACUUGCUAUAAUCGUUCUCAUUGGACUUUGAAUGUUGAACAAUCUAAAUUUGUCGAUUGGCAGAGAAUUCGUAUUCAGGAAAAUGCAAAUGAAAUUCCUACUGGAAGUAUGCCGAGAAGUAUGGAUGUAAUUGUACGUAAUGAUAUGGUCGAAAGAGCCAAGGCAGGUGAUAAGUGUAUCUUUACUGGUACCUUAAUUGUUGUACCUGAUGUGGCUGCCUUUAGAACGCCAGGGACCUCUGUUGAAACUCAGAGAGAUACUAAAGUACGUUCUACUGAGGGUAUUGCGAAUGAAGGUGUUACAGGCUUGAAAGCACUUGGUGUGCGUGAUUUGACCUAUAAACUUUCCUUUUUGGCUUGUAUGGUUCAACCUGCUAAUCACAGUAAAGGAAAUGGAUCUAACAAUCUUCAUGGUGAAGAUACAACUGAUGAAGAUCAAAGAGAUGUAUAUGCAGACUUUUCUCAAAAGGAGAUUGAAGAUUUACAUAGGAUGGUAAAUAUGGGAGGCUCUCUGUUUGGUAAAUUAGUGAAUAGUAUUGCACCUACUGUAUUUGGUCAUGAAACAGUUAAAAAGGGUAUUCUAUUACAAUUGAUGGGUGGUGUUCAUAAGGUAACCCCUGAAGGUAUGAAUCUUCGUGGUGAUAUUAAUGUCUGUAUCGUGGGUGAUCCCUCUACUAGUAAAUCUCAAUUCUUAAAGUAUGUCUGCAGUAUUAUGCCUAGAGCUGUAUAUACAUCUGGUAAGGCUUCUAGUGCUGCUGGUUUAACUGCUUCUGUUAUCAAAGAUGAAGAAACAGGCGAAUUUUCUAUUGAAGCAGGUGCUCUUAUGUUGGCUGAUAAUGGUAUUUGUGCUAUUGAUGAAUUUGAUAAAAUGGAUAUUAAAGAUCAAGUUGCAAUUCACGAAGCUAUGGAACAACAAACAAUUUCAAUCGCUAAAGCAGGUAUUCAAGCUAGUUUGAAUGCACGUACUAGUAUUCUUGCAGCAGCUAAUCCUGUGAGUGGUCGAUAUAACAAAAAAUUGACAUUGAGACAAAACAUUAAUAUGUCUGCACCCAUUAUGUCACGUUUUGAUUUGUUCUUUGUUGUUUUGGAUGAAUGUAAUGAUAUUACUGAUUAUAAUAUUGGUCGUCAUAUCGUCAAUACCCAUCGUCUUCGAGAUGAUUUCAUGCAACCUGAGUUUAGUACAGAACAAAUCCAAAAUUAUAUUCGCUAUGCAAGAACAUUCAAACCAAAGAUGACACCUGCAGCUGCUUUGAGAUUAGCUGAUUGUUAUAGAGAUUUGAGACAAGGUGAUUCACAAGGUAUUGGUAGAAAUUCAUAUCGUAUUACCGUUAGACAAUUAGAAAGUAUGAUCCGUCUUUCUGAAGCUAUUGCUAGAGUUAAUUGUCGCGAGGAGAUUACAGAAGCAUAUGUAACAGAAGCGUUUAAUUUACUUCAAAAAUCAAUUAUUCGAGUUGAAGAAGAAGAUGUUAAUAUUGAUGAUGAAAUGAAUGAAGAGCAAGAUGAUGUGAUGACAAGUGCAGAAGCAUUAAAUGGUAUGACAUUAAAUGAUACAGCAGACCAACAUGUAGGAAAUUCUGCUAUCCCUCCCAGUGGCAAGAUUUCGAUUACGUAUGAAAAAUUCGAGCAAAUUAAACUUAUGUUAGCGCACAAACUUCGUUUAGUUCAACAAUCAUUUGAUGAAGACCCUGGAAUGCGUCGUAGUGAAUUAAUUAUGUGGUACCUUGAACAACGUGAAGCAGAUAUGACUGCUGAAGAUCUUGAUUAUGAAACUUUACUUAUCAAUAAAAUUAUUAAGAAACUUGUUAAGACUGAUGAAACUUUAAUUGAAAUUAGACAAGAUGAUUCAGAAGAAGAACUUGAUGAUCCUAUUAUUAUGCUUCAUCCUAACUGUAUUUUAGCUGAUGAAGAAUAAUUUUAUAAAUAUAAAUAUUAAUAUAAAUAUACAUAUACAUACACACACACGCACACGCACACCACACACAUACAUACACACAUAUACACACAUAUAUAUACAUGUACACGCACUAUUAUUACUCUUAUACGCUCAUAUAUUAUUGUUAUUA